GGAACCACUCCCGUCGUUUGAAUCUCGAUUCGGCGGUGAGAAGCCCUAAUUUUCCCUUGUGUUUGAACUGAAUCGAAGAUUCGAAUGAGGCAAUGGUGAAAACGGAAGUGAAGAGUGAGAUUGUAGAGGACAUGACAAUCAAAGAGAAUAAGCGGCGGCGCGUGGGUAGCUCGGAUGACGUGCUAGAUAGGAAGUUCAAGAGGACUAUGCUCUGCGUGGCGAAACCGUCUUACCUUCUGAGUCUUCUUGAGCGGAGUAGUACCCGAAGCAAUUACCUCAAAAGGUUGCCAAAGAUCCUCAGUGAGCUGCUUCGCCAGAGAAACUGGAGAGAAGCAAGCGGUGUUCUUAGCCUUUUGAUGCAAGGGACUAUGAGAGAUGGCUCUCCUACCAUGAACCGCCUCAAAUACGAGGCUCAAAUACAGAUUCUGAGUCACUUGCAACCUGACAAAAACAAUGUUGAGGAGAUUGCAAGAAUAUAUGAUACUUGGAUUGGGAAGAUUGGUAAACAGUAUAAAGAGGAGAGGCUCAUGGUUUGGUUCGAACAAAUUUGUCAUUUACUUGACCAUGGUAUGGAGAAGGAGGCCGAGUAUGCUGCAAUUGGUAUGAUGCGGAGCCGUGAUCUGGGGAACCUUCCACGCACCAAUCUAUAUAUAGGAAUCACAUGCUACAGAUUGUGGUGUCGGAAAUACUCAAACGAGUUGGAACCUAAAGACGCAGAUUGCAGUGACAGCAUAUCUAAUAUGUCGGAGUCAGGAUCUGGUGUUAUGGCUGAGUGUUCACCCAGGAACGAGUCUGUUUACUCUGUGGAGUCUUCUGUUUCUGUUAGAAACGAAACAGAGGCUUCUGUAGGGAAUUAUGAAGUAAAUUCUGAUGCGUCCACCCGUGACUCAGGGUCAGUGGUGGAGGUGAAGGUGAAGCUGGAGAAUGUAAAACUAGAGAGUCCUCAGCAUUUUACCGAACCACCACGAACCUAUGCCUCAUCUGAAGAAAACGAAGAGCCUUUGAGAGCUGAAGUUGCAUUCGAUCCCGCUCUUAUUCAAAUUCUUGGGGACAUAGAUCCAUGGUUGCUUCCUUUGAAACCGCCUGAAGAUCCUGAUUUCCAUGGAAAGAUAGUCAAUGAUUCUUAUUAUAAGGACGCAGUGGAGUAUCUGCGGCUUACGAUGCAGUCUCCUCGUUAUGUAUCUUUGGCUGCAUUACAUCCUCUUGUACAGCUUCUCUUAAUUGGAGGCCGUGUAGAUGAAGCGAUGAAAGUGGUUGAGGAGAUAUGUAACAAAGUACAUGAUAUCAAACCUUUCAGGAUUAAGGCUGUUAUGAAGGAGAAGUUUCAUAAUAACAGCGACGAGCUCGCAAAAUGCUACGAAGAUAUCUUAAAGAUUGAUCCUAGUUGUGUAACUACUCUGAAAAAGCUUAUUGAGAUGUCAAAAGAAGAUGAUUAUAGUAGAGAGUCGGUACUCGAAAUGAUAGCAUUGCACGUAGAAGCUUCUUUUCCGGAGCCUGAAAUCUGGAAAGAGUUUGCAGAGAUGUUGAUUCUCUUCUUUGAGAAUGUUGAUGAAGACCGAAUGUCGGUGUGCUUCAACGGAUCUGGGGAAGAAGGGUGUCAACAAACAUACUCUGUUCGAUACAACCCGACACCUAGAAUGUUCACUGAUACAUCAUGGACGCUUCGAGCUAAGUGGUGGCUUAAUCGCCAUUUCUCCCCCGAGAUACUCGAGACAGAAAUGAAAAAGCUUGAGGCAGAAAAGAACAACGGUGAUUUGGAGGUGAUGAGAUUGAUGAGUUACAAAGCGGCAUGUGCAAGUCGUCUCUACGGACCAGAGUUUGGUUAUGUUACAAAAGUGUAUGGUUUGCUGGAGAGUAAUAGGAACAACGUUUGUAUGUUUGAGAAUGUUGGCAACAACAUAGGUAUGUUGGAGAAUGAUAGGAGCAGUUUAGAGUUAUUCUACUUUGUGCGAAGACACAGGCAGAAUUGGAACAAAAUAUACGACUUAGAAUAGUUCACACACGAUACAUUUUUGGUUUUACUAAUAUUGUAAGUUUUAUAUUGAUGUAACAAUAUGGGAACUACUAAAUUUUGAGGUAUUAUAAUCGGGGAAUGAAUUGUAACUUUGUGUUUUUAGUUGUA